UGAUCCAGUAACAAACUUCUGGACUAUAUAAAUAAUGGGUUUUUCUUAAUAUUUCACAUUAAAAACUCAAGCCCUUAAUAUUUACUGAAUCGAAUCAAACUCGUUGAUUUCGAAUCACUGCAAUCUUCAAGCUUCAAUUUCAAUCAGAUUUUUUUUAGGCAGGAACAUCAAGUCAAAAAAUGCCAAAAGUUAGAAGAGAGAAGUCUCCGGCUAUGAAUUGCAGUGGAUCAUAUCCCUAUCCUUCCGAAAAUCUUGAGCUGCCUAAACCUGGGUUUGGAUCGGCUGAGGAUUGGAAAGAAUGGGAUGAUACUAGAUGUUCUAUUUGCAUGGAAACUCCUCAUAACACUGUUAUUUUGAAGUGUUCUUCUUAUGAGAAUGGUUGUCGUCCUUACAUGUGCAAUACCAGUUACAGACACUCCAACUGUCUCGACCAAUUCUGCAAGUCAUUUGAUUCUCAUCUAACGUCGGCAAAACUAGAAGAAAUUCCGCUCAUAAGAACAGUGCCCCAUGAUAAGAAAGUUCGGUCAGAGGUUGUGAACCCCUCUCAAUAUGAGAACCAGUUGCAACCAAAGCUUAUCUGCCCUCUUUGCCGGGGAGGUGUAUAUGGAUAUAUGGUAUCGGAGCCUGCUCGAAGGUAUAUGAAUUGUAAACAAAGGACUUGUUCGUCUGAGACGUGUGAAUUCCAGGGAACAUAUCCAGAACUCAGGAAGCAUGCUAGGCUGGAGCAUCCUUCUGUUCGGCCAUCAGAGGUGGAUUUCUCACGAAGGUGUGACUGGUCAAGGAUGGAACAGCAAAGAGACUUUGAAGAUCUUUUUAGCUCAAUCAAUGCAAGUUCUGGUGCUGAGUACAGUGGAGAAGAAGACGCCAUGCAUUGGGCUGGGGGUUUAGCUGACAUGAUGUACAUGUUAGUGUCUGAAAUGUAUUCCCCUGAUACAGAUGGUUUUGUGACUAGUUUUUUUUCUGAUCCAACACCUAGAGUCCCAUCACAUGACAGAAGAUCUGAAACAAUUCACGUGGUACCAAAUGAUACACAGACAAAUCAAUCUGCUACACCGAGAUCCAUUUCAUCUACGUUGCCUGAUAUGUCAUACUCUGAUUCUGAUAGAUUUAUGUUUCGUGUUUUGUCUUAUCCAAUGCCUAGUAUGCCAUCGCACGACAUAAGAUCUGAAACAAUGCGCUGGGUAUCAAAUGAUAUACAGACAAAUCUAUCAGCUAGAACGAGAUCCAUUUUUCCUUCAAUACAUUCUGAAGUUGAUAGAUUUGUGACUAGUUUUUUGUCUUAUCCAUCACCUACAAUGCCAUCACACGACAGAAGAUCUGAAAGGAUGCAAAGGAUGCACGGGGUAUCAAAUAAUACACGGACAAAUCAAUCAGCUAGACAAAGAUCCACUUUACCUUUGACACAUCAAGGGGAGAGAAUUGGAAGAGGUGAAUUGAGAUCCACUUUACCUUCAACACAUCAACGGGAGAGAAUUGAUAGAGGUGGAUGGAGAUCCGUUUCGUCAUCAUCCCGUGAUCUGGAGGCAAAUCGGACUGCUAGAUGGAGAGAAAAUAUUCCAUCCUCAAGAAUGGCUCAGGCUCACAGUGAAAUUGUUGAAAAUUAUUAUAGAGAGUUGAGCCCUAGAAGGAGGCCUCAAGUUUCACAAGUUUCUCAUACUAAUCCCCGGCACAACUAUUCUUCUUCUAGAAGAAUUCCUGGUCAACAAGUUUCUCAUACUAAUCCCCGACACAACUAUUCUUCUUCUAGCACUAAUCCCCGGCGCAAUCAGGGAUAGUGAUCAACAUUCAAUAGAGAUUUCUGAUGGAUGAAAUAGUCUUUUGUUUAUUUGUUAUGUUAGCUAGAAAGUUUAUUUUGUUUUCUAUAUUUUCUGAAGAUACUUUAAUAAUUAUCAUGUAAGAUAAUUUAUUUGGAUGAUUUGGUUCAGUAAAGUUGUAUUGCAACUGAGAUUACUUAUUAAUACAGUUUGUUUAUAUUGAGAA